UAUUACUUUAGAAAUAAAAAUAUUUAUUAUAAUUAUAAUGAAGUCAGUAUUAAUAAUAAGUGUAAUUUGUGUAAUUAGUUGUUGGGCAUUGCCAAGAGAGAAUUGUGAUGCAAAUAAUUGUAAAUUACCAGACUGCAGAUGCUAUGGACAAGAAAUUACUUUAGAUUUAAAUAAAAUACCACAGAUGGUACUCAUAUCUUCAGAUGAUGCAAUAACUCUAGAAAAUUACAAAAACUGGUAUGAUAAAUUAUAUUUUUCCCGAAAAAAUCCAAAUAAUUGUUCUAUUAGUGCAACAUUCUUCGUACCUCAUGAAUAUACUAAUUAUGAAAAAGUUCAUGCCUUAUACGCAAAAGGUUUUGAAAUUGCUGUAAAUUCUAUAACGAAAAACUAUAGUUCCGAAUACUGGGAAAAUGCAACAUCGGACCUAUUAACUCAAGAAUUCCAAGGACAAAAGAAAAUUUUAGCAAAAUUCGCGCAAGUUGCUGAGACUGAUAUUAGAGGGGUACGAACUCCAUUACUGCAAAUAAAUGGCGACAAAACAUUUACUGCAAUUGAAAACUCCGGUUUAACUUACGACAAUACUUGGACCACAGAAAAAUUAAAUGAAUGGCCCUAUACGUUAAAUUUUGAAUCAAAGCAAGAUUGUUUGGUUGGCAGCUGUCCAAAAGAAACUCAUAAAGGAAAAUGGGUAAUACCAGUAGUUGAUUGGCGUGAUGCAACUGAUUUACCUUGUGCUACGGUUCAAGGAUGUAUUAAUAAGCCAAAUGACAAUGAGAAUGAUAUAUUCAAUUGGUUCGUGAGCAAUUUCGACCGAACUUAUAAAAAAAAUAAAAUACCUUUUAACAUGAUCAUCAAUUCAGGAUUAUUUGCUCAAAAAAAUUUAGUCGCAGCAUAUAUCAAAUUUUUAGAUUAUCUGAAAACCUUAAAAGAUGUAUACAUCGUUAAUCAUUGGCAAGCAAUACAAUGGAUACAAAAUCCAAAAGAAAUAGGUAAUAAAGACUUAUUUCCAUGUAUUGCUGCAAAACCGCACAAUGAAAAAACAGCCAGAGUUUGUACAUUAGCUAAAGAUGACGAAAUGAGGUAUAUGACGGUUUAUAAUCAAGUAUGUCCAGCAAAAUACCCAUGGUUGAAUAAUCCGGAGGGAAAAUAAAUUUUACUUUU